AUGUCAACAGUAAAUUCCUCAACAAAGCCUUCGGACUCGAAGCAAAAUGGCGCCAAUUCCGCACCAUUCUCCGCCACCGCGGCUGUCCUCUUGCCUUCCGCCCCGGUCCCUGAUGAUGCGCAGAAAGUUCGCGGGGUUGACUUCAACGACUAUGCUGACCGCGACAUCACCGUUGCAGAACUCGUGUCAAACAUGGCGACUAUGGGAUUCCAAGCUAGUGCAAUUGGUGAAGCAGUACGCAUAAUUAACGACAUGCGCGCAUUUCGAGACCCGGAGACGGGAGAAGGCACAACGAUAUUUCUCGGCUAUACAAUGCAGCAUAAACAUAUAUCGGCAAUUGUUACGACGGCGGGAGGGGUAGAAGAAGAUUUGAUCAAGUGUCUUGCGCCAACUUAUUUGGGUUCAUUCAGCACACCUGGCGCCGGGCUUAGAGCACAGGGUCUGAAUCGGAUCGGCAAUUUGGUGGUCCCGAAUAGCAAUUACUGCUCGUUUGAGGACUGGUUAAUUCCUAUUCUGGAUAAAAUGGUGGAUGAGCAGGAGGACUCGAAAAUUAAAGCGCGCGGGACUGGGGACUCGGAGGACGAAUUACACUGGACGCCAUCAAAGGUUAUCAAUAGAUUGGGCAAGGAAAUUAAUAAUGAAGAGUCGGUCUGCUAUUGGGCAUGGAAGAACGACAUUCCGAUUUUCUGCCCGGCCUUGACGGAUGGGUCUUUGGGUGAUAUGCUUUAUUUCCAUACAUUCAAGUCAUCGCCGAAGCGGUUACGUGUUGAUAUUGUUGAUGACGUGAGACGGAUCAAUACGAUGUCCGUACGAGCCAAACGAGCGGGGAUGAUUAUUCUAGGUGGAGGCGUGGUGAAACAUCAUAUUGCAAAUGCCUGUUUGAUGAGGAACGGCGCCGAGAGCGCAGUCUACAUCAAUACAGCGCAGGAAUUUGAUGGAAGUGAUGCUGGAGCGAGACCAGAUGAGGCGGUUAGUUGGGGAAAGAUUAAAGCUGGCGCAGAUAAUGUCAAGGUAUACGCAGAAGCUACUGUGGCAUUUCCCUUGAUUGUUGCGAGUACAUUUGCGCGGGCAAAGAAUUGA